GUUCACCCUCCAGUCAGUGAAGUGAAAGCAGAGAACCGAAACAACUGUAGCGAGUUGUCGGAUCACAUCCAGCAGUCAAGGCAUUAUAUUCUCAUGUAUUCAUAAUAGCCGCAUGCCGCGGUUUCUUUAGACGGGGGAGAAACCCCUCAACCACUCAAUUUAUGAGUUUCUUGCCAUGGAGAAGUUUAUUCCUGAAGAGACAACUUCGAAUGGGAAACUGGAGAUUUUCUGACAAGUUUAAUUAUUUCCAGCAAAACUUUUCGAACUAAAAAAAAUGGCCCGAAGGAGACAUGCCCUCUUAUGCCUAUUUUUCUUCCGUUUAUGUUUCGACAUUUGUGAUGGACACUUUGCGGUCCCACUCAAAAUAUACCUUGGGAAGUUCAACUUUUCUCGGGAUGUAGACCUGACACCUCUGCAGCAAACACCAGGCGUGGGCGGAAAGCUGCUUUCCUUGGCCUCGGACCCCGCAGGUAUAGUCAACUUUUUAGAUAUGAUCAACAACUUGGAAGGCGACUCGGGGAGAGGCUACUACAUAGAGAUGUCCAUAGGCACCCCUGCUCAAAAGCUCAACAUCCUGGUAGACACGGGCAGCAGUAACUUUGCAGUGGCGUCAACCCCACACCCGUUUAUCACACACUACUUCAACACUAGCCUCUCCACAACCUACCAGCCCACUGGCCGGACUGUUGCCGUCAGGUACACCCAGGGCAACUGGGAGGGCGGGCUAGGCAUAGACCGGGUCUCCAUCCCCAAGGGACCCAAUCAGACCAUCGUCAUCAACAUCGCUGCCAUCUCCGCCUCCGAGGGCUUCUAUCUACCCGGGGUGAACUGGCAAGGCAUUCUGGGCAUGGCGUACCCACUCCUGGCCCGGCCAGACUCCUCGGUGGAGCCCUUCUUCAACUCCGUAGUGCGGCAGACGGGCAUCCCGGACAUCUUCUCCCUCCAGAUGUGUGGCGCGGGGGUCUCUGCCGGCGGCGCCACCGACCCCCCCGGGGGCAGCCUGAUCAUGGGCGGGGCUGAGCCCACGCUGUACCGGGGCGUCAUGUGGUACACGCCCAUCAAGGAGGAGUGGUACUACCAGGUGGAGGUGUUGAAGCUGGAGGUGGGGGAGCAGGGUCUGAACCUGGACUGCAGCGAGUAUAACAUGGACAAAGCCAUCGUGGACAGUGGAACGACGCUGCUGCGACUUCCUGCCAAUGUGUUUAUCGCGGUGGUGGACGCCAUCACGCGGACCUCUAUGAUCCAGGACUUCUCCUCCGGCUUCUGGGAGGGCACCAAGCUGGCCUGCUGGAUGAAGGGGGAGACACCCUGGAGGUUCUUCCCAAAGAUCUCCAUCUACCUGAGGGCCAGCAACACCAGCGAGUCCUUCCGCAUCACCAUCCUCCCACAGCUGUACAUUCAGCCAAUCACAGACGUCGACAGCACGCUGGACUGCUUCCGCUUUGGCGUUUCCUCGUCGGCCAACGGCCUAGUGAUCGGGGCCACGGUCAUGGAGGGCUUCUACGUGGUGUUCGACCGCGCCCAGAAGAGGGUGGGCUUCGCCGUGAGCAGCUGUGCAGUGAGCGGGGGCGCGGCGCUGUCGGAGAUCGCCGGGCCCUUCUCGGCGUCCGACGUGGGGACGGACUGCGCCGGGGGGUCCCUGAACGAGCCCCUGCUGUGGGUCAUCUCCUACGCCAUGAUGGCCCUGUGCGCCACCAUCCUCCUCACCCUGCUGCUGCUGCUGGUGAUGCCCUGCCGCCGGCGCCACCGCUCGGGGGACAUCACGGACCAGUCGUCGCUGGUGCGCCACAGGAUCAAGUGACUGAGGCGAGGGUCUGCCACCACCGGGACCUCCACCGGCAGCGGCCCCCCCGCCGCCACCCCCACCAUCACCACUGCCGCCGCCAAGCAGGGCCAGCAGCAGCAGGAGGCGGUGGCGGCGGCGGUGGCGGUGGCGGGGGCCCAGUUGGCGGAGCCCAGACGGCAGGGCGGCAGGGCGGCAGGGUGGCGGGCGUGGUCUGAGACCCCCGCCCCUCCCACCCUCUCGUUGGACCAUGACAAUCGGCCAGACUGUAGCUGGUACGCUGUUGGCAGACCUGGUUUCUAGUUCUCUUUUUCGGGACCCUUUCAGGGUCAAGCCAAACGCGUCACUUUGGACGACUUGUGAAAUCACUGCUAAUCAAGUCGAGUGGCCGUUCAUUUGUAAGGCGAGUUUUCCAAUGAAUUCUCUGAGUCUCCUUCCAGGGAGAUUGUACCAUGAAGAAUAAUAUUGUAUAUGUGUAAGGGCUAAGAAUAAUUUUUGACAUGAAGGAGUCUAUUUAGUGCCUUGUAUUUAUAUACGUUUUCUAUUGUAAACAUCUUCCGGUGAGAUGCUUGUUACAGGCAUUGGGAUGAAAAAUCGAUGAUGUCUACACACUGCUUGUAAUACAUUUAAGUCCAAGUGCUCCUCUUGUGUGGAGGAAUUGAUCAAUGACUUGAGACUUAACUUAAUUGCACUUUGCAUUUAAUGCUGAUAACAUGGGUGUGGAGUCUCUGUAAUUCAGAGGAAUUCUUCUUUUUUUUAAUUUACAUUUUCACUUUAAUUGUACUAACACUGUGUAGAAUUUCAUAAUGAACUAUUUUGAUUGGUUUUUGGAGGUGACUAUGGUCCUUAAAUUCCCCACGGCAUAUUUGUACCAUAGUAAUUAUGCAAAUCACAAUUACAUGCCAAAGAAUGUGUUGAAAGCCGAUAAACAAAAAGCGUCCGGUUUGGGCAGCCAGGCCUGUUGCACUGAAAUGUUCAAAGCCACCGGCUCACUGUUAAGGACAGUGACCAGGUAUAGCUAUGUCUUUUCGCCACCAUGUUUCAGACCAGUUUUGCUUUUAUAAACAAUGAAUUCCGCACACUAAGUUUACAUUACCUCCCUUAAAAAACAGGUCUUAACUGUAAUACCACAGCUAAGAUGGUGCAAUACAUCACAUGGGCAGCUUAACCGGCUUUGUGCAUUUGAUCAUGUGACCCGAGAAUGAGUUUGUGGAACACUAUGAAAUCCUAUUGUGUGCCAAAAGUAUGUUUUAAAACUUCACAACCAUUUGAGCAGGUCCAAUUUAAGUGUAGAGUGAGUUUCUUUCCUGUGCCAAAAUGAACACUUCAAUUAAAUAAAUAUGAGUAAACUGAAUCAGGAAGAUCGCUCAAAUCCAGAUAUUGUAUUUGUGUGCAAACAAUGGAGGGCAUUCAUUUCUCAGUGGCUUUAUGUUUGGGAGUGACACCCUGUGUUAGCUCAUGGUACCUCAUUAUUAUCUGGGUACAAUCUGCACUCACUUUAUGCUGACAGGAAAAAUAAGGAUGCUUCAUAAUAACAACUUUUAAUCUACGAAUACAAUAACAUUUUACCUUGAGCUUUUGACUAACCAGGGCCUUACAAUAUACUACUCAUACAAACUACAAUGCAUUUUGCUUUUCAAAUACUUAAUACAACAAAAUGGCAUUUAAAUACAAGUAAAAAAAUACAUCUGUACAAAGGUUCAUGGGCUUGAAUAUCAGCCCAAAAAUAUUGCUAAAAACUAUUACGCUACCCAAUCAAGACGCCAGAAUGGAUUCGUCGUCAGACUUCUACAGGAGAGGAAGUCAGAGGGAGCAGCCAUUAGAACAUGUUAGUAAACACCAUUCAUCUCACUACUGAACACACCAGAAGCCUUUCCCACCAUUAGAACAUAUUAGUAAACACCAUUCAUCUCACUACUGAACACACCAGAAGCCUUUCCCACCUUCAUCUGUCGGUGGAUCCAGCCCAGGAAAUGGCUGACGUUGCCGAAGACACCGGGUUUGUUGGACAGGUCGUCCUGCCCUCCCCAGCUUGCGUCCCCCACCAAACUCCACACACCGUCCUCCGCACACACCAGAGGGCCUCCACUGUCACCCUGGAAACCAAAUUCAUAAACACCCAGAAGGCUGCUGUACAUACUGAUGUACUCUGGUAAAUGGUCAUGAAAAUAAUUGUUCUGCACCAUUGGUCUCUGGGGUCUGAUAAGAAUGGGACUCUGCAGCUGGUGUUCACCAAGGCCUAAAAGCCUGUCACGUUAAAAAUGGAAGACUGUAAAAUCUAAAUAUAUAUACAAGCGUCAUUGUUUAAUGUACCACAUGAUGAACAUUACAUACAUCUUGUCUCAGUCUAGAAUUCAAACAUAUGCAUAUAAAACAAAACUGCAGGGCAACAGUUUUCUUUCUACAGUGGUCAGUCAACAUAGUGUUUAUUUGAAACAUUUACAGACACUUUCUGAUGUUUGCUAGUUCUGGCCAAUACCUUGAUUACAGAUCAACAUUCCAGACUUUAUUAUUUGUAGUAGGCCUAAUACAAUUUUCGGGUUCAAACUAUUUUUGCAUUUGUUGUUUUCCUAGGAUACACCUGUGGUCGCCCCUACUAUUACACCGCUGUGAUAGAAACCUAUUGAGCUAGAGAAGGCGUAUGACGUCUGCAUAAGGUGUGCGAUACCCAUCGCAUCGAAUACACACUUGAAACGGAUAAAAACAUGAUGUCGUCUCAUCAGUGGUGGACAUGCAUCACUCAAACCCUUUGGUUGACACAUUUCAGGACACGCAUCAGUCUGUGCAUGCACGUGUCUGCAUGUGUGUGUGCGUGCUUGCGUGUGUGCAAGUGUGUUCUUGUUUGACCUAUUUGGUAGUUUGCCGUUUGUUUGACAGUGCAUGUGCUGGGUCCUACCUGGGAUAUGCCGUGUUCCCCCUUCAUACGUUGAGCACAUAUCAUAUCCUGGGUGAUCCUGCCUUCGUAGACGUGGGAGCUGUUACAGGUCUCGCCGUCCACCAGCUCUACAGCAGCCUCCAUCAGGCGCAGAGUGUCUGAAAACACAAACACGUGUUACUUGUUAAUGUGGAGAGAAUGGAUAUCAGGUCACAAUUUGUGCCUGGAUAAUAUUACAAUUAUAAUUUAUCGUCACAUAAUCUCAUCAGCAUCGGACCUUCAUUUGGCGCUCCACCGAACCCCAACACAGAGCAGUUCUGAGAUGGGACGAUGUACACUCCCGUGUUGGGGAGACACACAGCUCCGAUAUCACUAGAGACUUGGAAGGGAAACAAAGUUAAGGAAUUCGAUUUUUUUCACCUCGUUAGUGGAACUAGGCACACCUGAGGUGCACCUGCCCUACUGUUACUAGGCCUGACUUCAGCGGCUCUUGUGGGUUUUAGCUUUAGGCACAUUUCCUUCUUUCUACCGUUGAUAGAUGAAAAGGGCCUCUACAGAAUAUAUGCCUUAUUUGAUGCCUUAUUUAAGAUUUAUAUUGCGGCACCUUAUGCAUUUAAUUGAAGCAUCCCUCUUCUGUACUUCCCUUUGGGUUUGUUCGUAUAAAUGUGGGCCUGUGAAGGCGUUUGAGAUUGUAACUGUGAUUACGGACAAUGAAAAUAAAGUUGACUUUAAAUCGUUGUAGCUACUUGGUUACCCUCUGUUCACAGGUGUUAUUAGAAAGAGUUAUUUUAUUCUAUAUACAGUACGUUGUAAUAUAUUGAGUAU